CUACAGAGCUGCACACAGGGGCUGGAUAUCCUCUACCGAGCCUGCAAGACCGAAAGACGAGAUUAGAAGAGAUCGGUGGAGAGCGACAGUAAGAAGAGCACUGACGCUUUUCUUGCACAGCGUAGAAGCCAAGCCGGCAGCCUAAUGGCGAGCAAUAACACAGCCAACAUAGCACAAGCCAGGAAGCUGGUAGAGCAACUGAAAAUGGAAGCCAAUAUAGACAGAAUAAAGGUAUCCAAAGCAGCUGCAGAUCUGAUGGCGUACUGCGAAGCCCACGCCAAGGAGGACCCGCUAUUGACCCCAGUGCCCGCUUCGGAAAACCCCUUCAGAGAGAAAAAGUUUUUCUGUGCCAUCCUGUAGUAAGACCCGGACCGGGCUGCGGUCAGGCUACCUGAACACCGGGUUAGAAUUUGUAACAUCAAGGACUAUUUUUAUGGUCUGCAGAAUCCUCAGUAAUAAUAGUAAUCUAGAAGAAGUCUGGAAAACGGCGGGGCAAGUCUAUGGAAACAUCUGGGGACCUGCACCAAGACUUUCUGUCCUUUCCAGCUUGUAGAAAAUAUGUAAAAAAAAAAAAAAAAAAAAAGGGGGGGGAAAAAAAAGCUUUGUGUCACCUCUCAGUUAACAUCCUGCUUGUAUAUUAUUAUUAUUUUUUUAAUAUUUUUCAAUUUUUUUUCAAGAUUUUUUUUGUUUUUGUUUAGUUUUUUAUGUUGGGGAAAAAUAUUCGCUCUGCAGAUGUUAAAGGAUGUACAGUGUGAUUUAUAAUUCAAAUUUUUUUUUCUGAUGUUUUAAUUUAAAUUGCCGUAAAUUGUAUUGUAUUUUUAUUUUAUUUUUAAAGCUGCAGGAAAGCAAA